AUGUUCAAUCGUCUCUUUGGUAAGGAGAAGCAGGUGCAGCCGAGCCGCGGAAAUCUCGGCGGCGAUAAGAACACCGCGAAGACGAUGGAAGACAUGGACGCGGCCAUUGAGCUCCUGGAGAAGCGUGAGGCAGCUCUGGAAAAACGUAUAGAGGGCGAACUGACCAAGGCGAAGCAGCUGUAUGCCAAGAAGAACACCCAGGGCGCCCUGCAGUGCAUGAAGCGGAAGAAGAUGUACGAAGAGCAGCUGGUGAACAUCGGUGCACAGAAGCAGAACUUAGAGACGCUCAAGUUCACAGUGCAGAAUCAAAGUAUGAACCACGAGGUGCUGCGGGCACAGAUUCGCGCCAAGGAGGAACUGAAGCGUUCCAACAAGAAGAUGAACGCCGACAAGAUCGAGGACAAUAUGGAUGACUUGAUGGAGGAGAUGGACAAGGCGAACCAGGUGAGCGAGGCUCUCCGCCAGCCGUUAGACACCAACCUCGUUGACGAGGAUGAGCUAAUGAAUGAGCUGGAGAUGGAGCUGGACGGGAUGAACCUCGGGGAGGCCCCAGCGGUCGACACGAAGCUGCCCGAGAUGCCCGCUGUGCCCAGUCAGAAGCUCCCGGCGAAGCCUGUUAAAACCAAGACGCAGGAGGAUGAGGACGCCCUUGCGGCUCUCGAGGCAGAGCUCGCCUAA